GAGACAACGCGACGGAAAAAGGACCGGCUGUCCAAAUGGUGUCCCUGAUUUGCACCUUAAAAGACCAUCGAGACGAUGUCAACUGGUGUGCAUUUUCAGCAAAGCUGUUGGCCACAUGUUCUGGAGACAAAACCCUCAGAAUAUACGACACCAGUGACUUCUCGGAGCUGCCCUUCUCACCGCUGUCAGGACAUGGCUACGGUGUCCACUGCUGCUGCUUCAGCGCAUGCGGACAGUUCCUCGCCUCAUGUUCAACAGAUGCGACCAUAGUGAUCUGGUCAAUGGUCACGGGCGAGAUCGAGGCCAUCCUCGAGCAUCCUGGUCGCAGCCCUGUCAGGAUCUGUGCGCUCUCUCCUGACUCUGUCCACCUGGUUUCUGGUGCUUCAGAUGGGUCUUUGGCUCUGUGGGAUUUCCCCUCCAAACAGCUGGUCAGGACCGGAUCAGUGAGCGACACCACAAUGGUAGCCUGCUCCUUCAGCCCCUGUGGCCAGAUGUUCAUGACCGGCUCCACCUAUGGAGACCUGCGUCUGUGGAACCUGGACAUGAACCAGCUCCAUGCAGAGAAGAACGCCCAUGACCUGGGGGUGACCUGCUGCACCUUCGCUCCCAGCAUCCUUAGUGAUGAUAAAGUCGUUCAGUUUCGUUUGGCAUCCUGCGGGCAAGAUAAUCAUCUGAAGAUCUGGGUGAUAAAUAAGUUCAACACUGGAGCCUAUAAGAUGCAGCUCCUCCACACAUUAACCAGCCAGUCUGCUCCAGUCCUCUCAUGUGCGUACUCCUCAGAUGGGCAGCUGCUGGUGUCUGGCUCUGUGGACAAAACAGUUACAGUCUAUGAUGCAAAAAAUGCAGUUUUGCUUUACACACUGAACCAGCAUGAGAGGUAUGUCACAGCAUGCUCCUUCUCUCCAACAUCACCACUAAUUGCUACAGGAUCGAUGGAUAAGACCGUAAACAUCUGGAGGGUGGAGGACGGAUGCAGUGGCCGUGAUGGGAAAUCAAUACCUGAGGAGUCAGCACUGACAUCAGGUGAAGGGAGAACCUCGGCAGGCCGAUCGAAGCUGCUGGUCAGCGAUUGGUCGGAGCAGGAUGUGUCAGUGUGGCUGCUGGAGGAAGGGCUUGAGGGAUUGGUGGACAAAUUCAGGGACAACAACAUAGACGGGACGGAGCUGCUCAGUCUCACCAAGGAAACGCUGGCGUCAGAGCUGCACAUAGAGUCAGUAGGCUUGCGCAGCAAAGUCCUGAGGAAGGUGGAGGAGCUGAAGGGUGAGUCGGUGUGUUCUGGUAUUCCUGAUGAGUUCUUGUGUCCAAUCACAAGAGAGCUGAUGAGGGAGCCGGUCAUUGCUGCCGAUGGAUAUUCAUAUGAAAGAGAGGCCAUCGAGAGCUGGAUCAACACCAAAAACCGCUCCAGUCCCAUGACCAACCUCCCUUUACUGACCACUCUGCUCACUCCAAAUCACACGCUGAAGAUGGCCAUUGGUCGGUGGAAGACUAGUCACUAGCAUCCUGACGAACUCCCACCAUUCCCCAAUUAUUGCCUUUAAAGUUUAAAGAAACCAGAAUCCAGUGCUCACAGGGAUGCUGCAGCUCUUCAAGUACAAGGAGUGUCUUCUUUUAUGCCAUAGGAGGUCUCUUUAGUGGCACUGUUUGUGAAGUUGCAGUAAGCGUUUGACCAGAGCUUAGUUGUUAGAAAAGGCCAAACAUUUGAUGGUUGCAGCUUCUCAAAUGUGAAGAUUUUAAGCUUUUUUGUUUGAUACAUGACUGUAAACUGAUUGGACAAAACAAGAAGAUGUCACCUUGAGGUUGACAAACUCUUUAAAAUUCACAUGAAGUAUGCAUUUCCUUUAUCUGUGACUGAUUAUCCUUAGCACAAGGUGGUUUUGCUCAUAGUAAACCAUUGUUUUCAGGUAUAGUAUAGGUUUGUUAGCCUGAAUGGCAUGAAAUGAGAGUGCUGGACAGAGAAUACAUGAAAAUAAAAAGUAACGCAAGAUGUUAUUAACAUCAUAGCGCUCCCAGUAAAAAUGUUUAAUUACAAAGUACACUAGUAAGAUUUCAAUAAUAACCUUUAUCUGGUUCACCAUUUGCUUCGAGGUGGGGAGUUGAAACACAUCUGUUGGUGAUAUAAACAGCUGUUGGCUGAACAGAUGUUUAAAGGAUAGGGUUGGCCUUUUU